GAAUUGAUUAUUUUGAAAACAUUGAGUCUAUGGGAGACAGCCUUUCUGUAAUGCAGGGUUUUCUGGAUAAAGGAUCCCAUACCUGUAUUCAUAUUUGUCAGUAUUCUCUAGACAUUUUGAAGAAAAUUAAUUUUAUUUACAGGUACGGGACAUCUUAUCCAGAAUUGACCUGGGCUUUUCCGGAUAAGGGGUCUUUCCGUAAUUUGGGCUCAUGGUGCAUUAAGAGGGUGCAGGCAGCCUUAAGAAAUGACUCUCUGAAGGACAUGUGAUUCUGGACUUAUGAUUCAUUGCCUUAUAAAAUCAGGACCGACUUUUGUUAAAGACUAGCAAGAUGUUUGACAAGAGAAAACCCUCCGAAGAUGGUUCAUCUGCUCCACAACAGGGUGUAGAUAACAAAGUCACAGAAGUGCAUAUCAAGACUGAAGGCAGUAUCAGCAGUGAAAAUGAACAAAUUACAGUUAAUUCUGGAAACAGUGCACCCGCAGGCCAUUACAGACAAGGGUACUGCAACUGCUGCCAGGUUCACUACGCCAACUUGGAAAUGCACCUUGCAAGUGAGCAGCACAGACAGAUAUCAACUUGCAACAAGAAUCGACUUAGUUCUGGAAUUCUAAUGGACCGCUUCUUGCAGGAUGUUCAUCUGUAUCAUCCACAAAAUUACCACGACAGUAGGCCAACAUAUGAUGAUAUGCCAGAUGUUAUUUUACUUCCUUCUUUUGAAGAUAAGAGAUCUGAUGCUGUUCCUUCUCAUUACCCUCUGAAGAGUGAGCUUAUUGAUAGUAGCGCUGAGUUGCCCAAAAUAGAAGCACAGAAUGUACCUGCGUCACAUACUGCCAGCCAAUGUGAAUUUAAAAAAUACUCUCUGACGAUCCCUUAUACACAAAGAAUCAUCAAAACGCUUGGACAGGAGCAUUGUUCCAUAGCGGAAGCAACUCAAAACAAUAUUCCUUGCAAGAGUACUUUGACUACUAGUCAGGGAGACUUAAGCUCAUCUGUAAAUGCCAUACCUCACCAACUCCCUGUUUGCACUUUACCAAUUUCUUUGUAUAGCUCACUGCCUUCAAAACAUACGAGUUAUGAUACACCACAUACUCCGUUAUAUUUUGCACCCACAAAAAACAGUUUUUCAGACUGUAAGACAUAUGGAAUGUGGACAAAGUGCCCAAGUGCUGAAGUGACCACAACUUCAACAGAUGAUUUGCAAAAGAGACAAUUGAACUCAGAGAGCAGCUGUUUAAACAUGGUCUCAGGUUUAUCUUGUGGGAAACAAACUCCUACUCUCAGGAAUCCUGUUUUGGGAAGCCACCUGGAAACGAAUGCCAGUGUUUGGAAGAAGAACAUCCAGCUCCAAUGCCAAGAACCAGUUUCAAGUGAAGGUGAAAUAAACACAGUGGAUGUAAUUGUUGAAGAAGCAAUCAGAACACAUUGCCAUGGAACUGAUGAUUUGCCUGGAAAUGAUGAUAAUGAAAGUAUAUCAUCCUUCAACAUUAAGUCAUUACUUGGCUGCGCUGAUGGUUCAAGUUUAAGUUUUGACUGGAAUGCACCACUGCAGUCAGAAGAAGAUAAAUCAAAGCCUGUUGUGAAAAAUCUUGAUUUGCUGAGAGCAGUUAAUGUAAACCUUAAUGAAGAUUAUAAAUCAAAACUAACAUCUGUCCUUAGUUCAUGCCCGUUAAAGAAAUUAAAAUACGUAAAAGCUGAAAGUGAGGAAGCGAUUGUUACAGCCCUUCCUCAUGUGCCCCCAUCCUUUGUUGGUAAAACCUGGUCACAAAUAAUGUAUGAAGAUGAUCUGAAAAUUGAAGCACUUGUUAAGCAGUUUAAGAGGGGAAAAUUCCAUUGCUACUUUGAAAGUGACUCUGUGUCCAAUUGGCACAGAAAGAUAAAGACAGGAAUUGACCCUGUAGAAAGUGACAUCAUCAUUAAAGACCAAAAGCAAGAUUUGAAGGAGCUGGAAGCAUCACUGCCCUCUGUUAGUAAUGCCCCUUGUGCAGAUGAUGAUUCUGAUGUUUCAUCUUUUAAACAUGAAUCUGUUUUAAGUCCUGAUAUAAGUAAACCUGCCAAAAGAACAUGGAGAUUAGCAUCAAGAUGUCAAGUAGUUAAGGUCAGUCAUGGUACUCAGACAAGCUUAGUCAAUUAUCCAGUAAUUAACGGAAAAUCUAUUAUCAAUGACAUGGUCCAAAAUAUUGAUGAUUUUGAAGUGGAAAAAACCCCUGAUAUGAAAACUAAAAUGUGCGCUCUAAAGCUUCCAGAAUCAUAUACCAAAAUUUUAACUCCUGUACAGCCGAAGACUAUGGUGUAUGUUCUGUCUUCUCCUGAUUCAAAGCUCUACAGUGGAAAACCAGUUUCUGCUUUAAAGAAAGGUAGAAACCAAUGUUCCACUGACAGCAGAGACCCUGUCAUUUAUACGUAUAAACAGUCACCUCUAAAGUAUUAUGAUCCAGUAACUAACCGCAUCCUUAAAUCUCCUCCAAAAAAUUCCGUAAGGGGAUUGGGUACCAAAGGCCCAUGUGUCAGAAAACUGUUCAGAAGCCUGAGCAGUGAUGUAAAUGUUGAUAAAUUAGACACUGAACUGAAAGAUUCAACUGCUUCCAAGAAAUCGUUCAGUACCUCUUCUGUUACAUCUUUCUACUUUGAUUCUGUUAAAGGAAAAGAUGCAAACUCAAGUUUAAAAGGAAGUGGGGCAUCUUUCAGUACAGAAAUAUCUGAUUGUGUGAAAUCUGAAAAUCCUGAUAAGCCAUAUGCGCACACAUCACCCCUGUCACCCUGCAAUGUCAGUCUGACCAAGGAAAAGAAAGACAUCCUUUCAAUUACUAAGACUAAAACUCCUCCCUCUGGUCCUAAGAGGGGUUCGUUGCUCCAGAGAAGAGAUGCAAAAAAAUCAAAAUGUAAGAUAAAUCAACUUGCAGAAUCAAAAUAUGCUACAAAUUCUAAGAUUGGGCAACAAGGAUUGGUAAACAAUAAAGGAGGACUAGAACGCGAACAGGUAUAUGGAGCUAGGAAUAAAAAAAGCUUAAAGUCAUCAGUACCUCUUGCAAAGGCAUAUAGAGCAAGGCAAAAGACUGUGAAUAAAAGUCGUAUGAACAAGCUGCCUGCCAGUAAACGUGUAAAAUCCAGACUUGCUUCACAGACUUCUGGUCGUAAUAAAUCUAAAGUUAGAAAUAAUAAGGUCCUAGGUAACAAAUGCAGUAGAGCCUCUAAACAAACUGGAAAUAAAUUGUUGCCAUACAGUUUGCGGAAAAACAAAAGCAGAGAUACUGCUUCUUCUACGAGAACCAACAGUAAACAAGUUAAAAGGAAAAGAAGUGGAUAAUGAUGCUGUCAUUAGCAUCUUGAGUACAAUGCUCUUUUAAAGACUAGAUACAUUGACCAUACAAACUAAACACUAUGUGUUUGGAAAACGGGUAUCAUGGUAUUUUUAUACAGGUUUUGUAUUUGUUUGAAAUGCAAAAUUAUUGGCUAAUUUCCAAAUGUGUUUUUUUCAUAGAUUGGCAUUUGAAAAAUGUACACUGUGCAGAACAACAGUAUUUAAAGCGGGCCGGAAAAGACAGCUAUGAAAGUCAAUUGCAUAAGAAUUGCAUUUUUAAGAAUUAUCUGGUUCAGGUAUUACACCAAUAAUGACAAAAGCCUGUCACUGCACACACAGCGAAUUUUGGCCUGAAAAUACCAAAAUCCUCCCUGUAUGCACUGUAACAGGGAGUUUCAUUAAUGUCAGUGGCAGUCUGCACUCACAGUAUUGGCAUUUUUUAUUCUAGGAGAAAUUUACCCUGGGGGAAAAUGCCAUGCGUGACUGCCAAGAAACUGCAGGUAUGGACCAAUAAUAUGAAAACAUUCUAUUGUUAGGCUACAAACUAUAGCAGUAUUUUGAUGGACAACAAUAUUUUCUAAGGUCCUUAAGUAUCAGUGUGUAUUUAAAAUAAUUCCAUUACCAUCCACACAAAUCGAUGUUUAACUGAUUCUAGUAAUUUUAAUGCAGUAUAAGAUCUCAUACAGAAUCUUCAGGACCUGAAUUCUGCUCUGCUAAAAUCAUCAGCAACCACAGCAGCCAAGGACAAAAUGUUACCAUGAUGUUGGAAACAAGAAAAAAUAAUAAAAUAUACAUAAUCCACAAACAAAGCAAGCACACCUAACUCGUUUUAUAUGAUUAUAUUGUAAAAAACCAUGCUAUGAUGUGAGAAUAUAAAACCAGUUUGGAGUGAUGGUGUUUAUGAACUAUAUGUUUAUUUCAGCAAUAGAUCCCACCAGAAGCCUAUUUAUAUUUGUUUUAUUCCCAAUAUUUAUGUUUUCAUCAAAAGAUAUCGGGCACAAAGCAGUUGUGCAGGUUUGAAAAUCUCAUCUGACAAGGAGCAUAUCAACAAUUGGUGUGGCCCUCAUACCAUGGGUCUUUGUGGGCCUCAAUGGAUGAUUAGAUUGUUGACCCCAAACGCAACAAUCCAAUGGGCCCAGCGUGUGGGUGGCCAAAUUGGACUCACUCAAACCCACUCCACUUAGGCUUGUUAUACCUUGGGCCUUUGGCUUUUCUUUUGUAGCUAUUUUUUUCUCAUUCAGUUGAGCCCUGCAGCAUCUUUGCUGACUGCAGAAGGAAGUCCAUAUCAUAAAGUAUUGGGACUCUUUGAACUCGUAUACCCUGAUGUUGAAUAGCACUUAGAGUAUCAUCUGGCACUUAAGCAGUGGGUGAAAAUUCUUCAUCUGGGGCUCCAGCCUACAGAAAUUGGAAUUAUGUUUAUUGUGUUUUCUGUAGCUAAGCGUCGAACUCUACAAAGAACAUCUGUAUCAGUGUUUUGCCUUUUAAAUCCAGCUAUGGAAUAAAAGUUUUUGUUUAUGGGGGCAUUGCUGUCCAAGACUUACAGGUCACAUUGACAGCCAUUAAGGUUCAUGUUUGAGAGAGUGUAAAAUGUAGCCUGUGGUAAACCACAAGGCAGAACAUUAAGGCCAGAGACGAAUAAGUAAAGUGUAAAACCAAAUCCAUUAAUUACAAGUAAGUGUUUGAGCAUUAUCUAUGGCUUAGAUGAACAAACAAACUUAAUAUACUGCAUGUAGGCUUUCAUGUCAGCUUACUAAUUUUGCCCAUUUCUUUUUCUCCAUUGAAUAUUUUAGAAGAGAAUAACCGGUAAUAACUGUUAGAGCUAUGGUACAUGUGGGGUGUUCAUUGAUGCUACAUGUGGACAAAAAUGGUGCUACCUACCACAAAUCGCUCCCCAUUUACUAAAAGGAAAAAGCCACAGGUCACUUUGGACAGUUAUGUAUUACUAAAAAGCAAGACCUUUAAGUGAAUGGGGAGCAAUCUGCAGCAUGUAGUAUUUUGUCUUUACAGUACUGUAUGUUUAUUUGCCUUUAAACAGUGUUAAGUUCAGAUUGGCACAUAAAGUACAUUCUUCAGAAAGCCAGCAACCCAAAAUAUGAAGAGAAGUACAGCCAUGCCAUCCACUGUAGAGUGAUAUCAGCAUGCUGAAAAGGUCAUCAGCAAUCACCAAGUGGCAAGACCAGUGCCUCUCUCUUCUACUUCCUAUGCAGUGUAAUUGGUCAGCCUGUGAUGCUCUUAAUUAGUCCAAAGGCAGCUGAUUUGACCCAUUAUGAUAAUAUUGUUACAUGAACAAGCUUUGUAUUGCCAGAAUAUUUCAUUGUGCAUUAUACAAACACAAACACUUUUUAGUGGCCUACUUAUUUAAAUAUUUGAGGCUGGUAGAAAAUACUAGUCUCCUUGUUUUUCAUUGCAAUAUAAGAACACAAAUGGACAACACGUCUCUUUGGAUAACACAGGGUACACACAUAUACUUUCUACAUAAAAUAUCUGAAAAGCAGUGUUCAUUUUGUUCCUACCAGUGUGCCUUCUAAAUGACCCUGCACUUUGACAAUCACCUAAUUAUGGAAUUAGGCAGUAAUGAUGGUAUACAUUACACAGCUUUAUAAUCCCUCCUGAAAAACAGCAAUUCAUAAAGAAGUAUAAAUAUAUUCAAGUUUGCAAGUGGUUGUAUUGACAUAUCAUUUUCCAGUCAUCUAAUUAAUAUUUGGGAAAGGCAGAAAAGCCUAUCAAGUUACACAAAAUGCAUUCAUAUACUGUAGCUUUUGUCACCUCUUUGUUCGGUUUGUAGUAAAGCACCAUAUUUAUUCAAUGGAUACUUUGAGCAUAUAUUGGACAUUGGGAUUUUUAUUCCGGAAAUCAUAUUCUUUUGCUAUUUUGUUUUCUUUUAAGAAAUGUGAAUUUUCCUGUGGCUGUUAGCCCAUGUUCAAAAACCAUCUCCAGUGGCCCAACAGCAACCAUUUGAAUAUCUUGCUUUCUACCAAGUGAAACCUCAGCACUGUGAACAGAAGUAGUAUUUGGCACAUUCUGGUUUGUUAUUCCAGGUCUAAAAACACCCAUCAGCUAUAUACUUUACUCCACCACCUCCUUCCCCUAGUGCAGCUUCUAAUACACUAUAAUCAUGUGAUUCUGGAGCUUGUUUGGAGCUAUCACUAAACUGUUAAAGUGUAUUGCUCACCCUUACCACCUACAUCCUCCAUUUGCAGAUGCAAUCAUUGCUUGAAGGGGAAUUCAUUUUAUUUUGUGUUGUCUAAAUCCUAAAUUGCAUAUGUGUGUGCUCUUGUUCUAAAUAUUAGUUAACAAUAUUACACCAGCUUCUGGGAGAAAGAAUUCUCAGAAAAUGAUGAGCCUGAAUGUUUAUAGAUGUGCUGUAGGUGGCCAAAUCCACCAAAAUUGGAAUUUGUGAAUCAGUGUGCGUAUUUGCUUUUGUGUUGUUAUCAUUCAGUUGGUUUCCCGCUUUUUUUUACUGUACUAGCCUACAGAUGCAAACUUGAUACAGUUACUUGUAAACAUGGUUGUUUUUAGACUUUAUUUUAUCCAUGUUAGAUUUAUCUGUUAUUAAGAAGACAGUUUUUGUCAGUCAGUCAUACACAAAAGAAAUUGAUGUGCAUAAGGCAGUUUGUACACAGUUUGACGUGCAUUAUGUAAAUAAGGUGUACAAUUAUGGUUCUAUUUUUAUCUUUCGUAGUAUAUGCAACGAAGCUAUAUUUAAAAAUAUUGUAAUUAUAUUUUAAUUUGCAACUGAUCUCAAGAUUGAUAUUUGAUAUUAACUGGGUGUGGGAAACAAUUAUUUCUUUGUAUACAUACAACUUGAAUUUUUUGUAACACUAUUUUCACACGAGCAAUUAAUUCUCCGUAACUUGUUACUGUUAGCAUUGAAAAAUAUUUAUAUUUAAAUCUGCAUCAUGGGUGGUUAGAAGCAGAAGUUAUUUAUUGGUUUGGUUUGAAAUCAUUUUUGGGACUAAAUAUAUCCUAGGAGAUGGAAAUAAGACCAUAGACCCCAGAAGAGCCACUGUAUACUAAAAUUUAAAUGCACUGUUCUUUUAUUGUGUCACACACAGCAAGCAAUAUUUAAAAUCCCACUCCCAACUUAUAUAAAUGAAGAUGUAAAUGGACAUGUACAUUUAAUUUCUAGUUGAGCUCUACAAUUUAAUUGCAUGUAUUCAGGGAUGUUAAAUUGCCGCAUUCACGUAUGUUUUGGCCAGGGGCCCAUUAGGCCUCAGUCACAUCCCCAAUGUUGUCCCAAUUGUACAUAAAUGAGGGUUCUUAAUGACACUGUUAGGGCAAAGACACAUGAUGGUAUUUCGGGAGAUUAGACAAAUCUCUUCUUCUUCCGUCGACUAAUCUCCCCAAACUGCCUCCCCACCGGCUUGAAUGUAAAUCGACGGCGGGAUGGCACU